GGCUUCCCAGUGGCUUUCCUCGGGUUGUUGGCGCCGAGGGAGACAGUCAAGCAGCAGGUGACGUGAAGGGGUGAUGGCGUGCGCGUUACAUCACCCACUUCCACAAACUCGAGAGGAUUGUUAAGGCGUGUAACCUCCGUGAAGACUCCUUGCUCGUGACACUAGAAAGAAGAACAAAAGAGAAAAAAGUAAUUAGAAAAGACAAGAAAAAAAAAAAAAAAGAAAAUAAGAAAAAAAAGAAGAAAACACGAGACUUAACAUCAUCUUACUUUUAUUCUGUGACCAAAAAAGAAGCAAAAAAGACAAAGAAACUCCCAAACAAACAAAAAAAAAACGAAGUAGAAAACAAAAAAAGAAAACAAAAACUAGCAAAAAAAGACAAAGAAGAAAACACAAGACUAAACUCCAUCUUACUUUUACUCUCAGUGGCCAAAAAAAGAAGAAAAAAAAAAAGACGAAAAAAAACAACAACAGACAGAAUCCAAAACUUUUUACCUGUGAAUCCCUGGACUGAAUCAAGGUGUGCCGCGCCCCGCCCCUCACCUGCCCGAUGCCCCACACACCUGUACCACACCUGUCUGGCCCCUUCAAUGCCCACGCGCACCACGACAAGAUGACGGGAGAAAUGAAAUACGCAACCACAGAUCACAGCAUCCCCUCCUCCUCCUCCUCCUCCUCCCCACCUCAGCGCCUCCUCCUCCUCCUCCUCCUCGUUCUCUCCACAAUGAGUAUGAUGAAAGGUGUUAGCGGCGUUCAGGUACACAGCGUCAAGGUACCAAAUCCCGGAGUGCAGGGACGGCCGGCAAAGUUGGAGUGCGUCUGGAGUGCCGGCGACCGAGGCUUCUACUCCGUGCGCUGGUACAAGGACGAGGAACAGUUCUACAGCUUCGUGCCCAAGAACAAACCGCAAGUGAAGGUGGAUCAUGACAUAAGGGGUGUGAGCGUGGAGCUGAACAAGUCGGACGAGCGUGUGGUCAGCCUGAGGGGGUUACAGCUGGAGUCUGAGGGCGUCUACAGGUGUGAGGUCAUGAGCGAGAGUCCCUACUUCGAGUCCUCCUUCGCUUCGAGUAACCUGACUGUCGUGGCCCUGCCCGAGGCCCCCACCCUGAGCGGACUACGUAACAGCUACCGCGUGGGGGAGACCAUGAAUGUGAUCUGUACCGCCAAGGACACACGCCCCCCCGCCCUCCUCACCUUCUACAUGAACACCGAGCCCAUCACCACUGAAUCAGGGAGGAUGACCACACUGCCUAUACGAGAGGGGAGUAUGCCCGGCCUAUACCACACCUCGGCAGUCCUGGAACGUCCCCUCGGAAGCCGCCACUCCCCCAUCGUGAAGGUCGUGUGUCAGGCCAAGGUGCUCACGGUGUCGACCAAGGUGGAGGUGAACGUUGAGGUGCAUGGACACUCUGGUUCCGCCCCGCUGUCUCUUUUGAACACUGGCUCCGGCCCCAGCCCCGCCUUCCCCGCGCUGCUGCUGCUGCCGGCGCUGCUUCUCACCUGCCUCACACACCUGCUCGCCGCCGCCAGAUGAUAAUGAGGCUGCACACCUGUCUUGCUCACCCGGGGACGCGUUACCUGCGGGCCCGUCGACACCUACACCUGUCCCUCCCUCCCCCUGACUUACCUGUAGAUUGAUGGAUGGAUGGACUGCUUUUUUGUGUGUUUGUUUUUGGUAGUUUGUGUGUGUGGGAAAUCGUGUAUACUCGUGUGGAAGCCAGUUUUUUUUAAAUUUUUUUUUUAUGUAUGUCAAUCACAGCUUAUACUCCUCUAAAAGUCAGAUGUUUCCUUUUUAUUUCAUGUAUACUCUUGUGAAGGUCAGCUGUUUAUUUUUAAGGGGGGGAGGGGGGGGGGGUUGAGUAAACACAUGUCACAAACUCGUAUAUACUCCUGUGAAAAUUAGGCCCCCUCACUCCCCUUUAAUUAACUACAUCUUACAGAACUACAAGCACAAUACUUAUAACCUUUUAGACAAGUAUAGAUGGAGAACUUACUUACAACUUUACUGGGACUAACACAUGAUUAUAAUAACGACUGGGGACUUAAUUAAACCCCCCUAGCGAAGUCAUUUAUCUGUCUUUUGUCCCUUUAACUUGCCCUUUAAAAAUACAGAUCAAAAUACUUCACUUUCCACCUAUCUCAAGACGGACGAUGUACAACAUUACCGGGACGACCACAAGACGACAAAGGAGUAAUGUCAACACUUAUCGUAGUAGUUUAUAUGUAAAUUGUCCUAUCGCUUUCCCUUUCAAGACGCGAAUCAAAACACUUUCCCUUUCACACGAGUAUACACGAGCGACACACACCUUUACCUGUACCGAACAAACAAUCUUAUUCCACCUGAAGACUAGCCAGGUAGAUUUUUUCAUAUGCCCUUCACUUUCCCUUUUAAAAUACGGAUCAAAACACUUUCCCUUUCACAUGAGUAUACACGAGCGACACACACCUUUACCUGUACCGGACACACACUCUUAUUACACCUGAGGACUAAGCAGGUAGAUUGUGUCAUAUGCCUUUCACUUUCCCUUUUAAAAUACAGAUCAAAACACUCUCUUUCACACGAGUAUACAAAUGCUAUACACCUUUACCUGGCCCAACACAUGAUAUAAUAACACCUGAAGACUAGACAGGUAGAUUAUGUCAUAUGUCCUUCACUUUCCCUUUAAAAAUACAGGUAGCUUUUGUCAUAUGCCCCUUCACUUUCCCUUUUAAAAUACGGAUCAAAACACUUUCCCUUUCACACGAGUAUACGCGAAUGACACACUAAUAAUACAUACCUUUACCUGGCCCAACACAUGAACGUAUACCCAUAGGACCCUUAAUACAGGUGCGGCCACGUCAGGUGUACGAUGACUCCCUAAUUAAACACAGCGUAGAGGUGUCGUGCGUGUAGGCGGACUAUCGGACAUUGUACUCAUUAUUAUUAUUAUAUAUAUAUAUAUACAUGGUAGUUACCGAUGAUGAUGAUGAUGAUGGAUAUUAUUCUGUAAGGUAAGGUGUCAUAAUACUAGGUUUAAUAUGUAUAACCGUGCACUCAUAUACAUACAUACAAACACAGACUCAUACGUACACACAUACAUACACACACGAUGGAUAUGCUAAUUAAACCCACACACCAACCCUGUUUUUUUUGUAUAUAUAUUUUUAACUCAUUUUUUUUCCUUUCCCUUCUCUUUUCCAGCGUAAUCAUUAGCCCGCUUAUUAUUGCCUUGCCAAAUAAAAAAAUGCGUCACAAAAA